UGCUGAGAAGCCGGAGGGUUCAUAAGUUUAAAGGAAAAGUUCCAGUGGCUGUCACUGAAGUGAUGGAUCACAAGGAUGAAAUCCCCUCCUCCCCGGCCUCCCGUAGCUGAACUGCUUGGUCCUAUACACUGGAUGUUGUUCCUUUGAUGAGCCAUUUAGCUCCUGUGGGUACACUCAGUCUGAGGAUGAUGAUCUUAAUUGGGACCAGGUGCACACAUUGGUAAAGCCCUUGUCUGAUCCAUGGAUGCCAUCAGGUUCUUUCAUGUUAGUGAACACCUCAGGGAAGUUUGCUGGACAAAAUGCUCACCUCCUACUACCCCACCUUAAAGAAAAUGACACACACUGCAUUGAUUUCCACCACUAUGUUUCAAGCAAGAGUGGCUCCAGCCCUGGUACACUGAAUGUGUAUGUGAAGGUCAAUGAUGGUCCACUGGGUAACCCCAUCUGGAACACAUCUGGAGUUCCUACUAGCACUUGGAAUAGAGCAGAACUGGCAAUUAGCACCUUUUGGCCAAAUUUUUAUCAGGUUGUUUUUGAAGUAGUCACUUCAGGUCACCCUGGGUACCUGGCUAUUGAUGAGGUGAAGGUUUUAGGACAUCCGUGUACCAAAACUCCCCAUUUCUUGCGUCUUCAGAGUGUGGAAGUCAAUGCAGGCCAGUUUGCCACUUUUCAGUGCACUGCAAAUGGUAGAACAAACACAGGUGACAGGCUCUGGUUACAGGGAAUGAGUGUAAGAGAUGCACCUUUGAAGGAAAUUAAGGUGUCUAACAUUCGUCGAUUUGUAGCUUCUUUUAAUGUGGUGAAUGCCACAAGACGGGAUGCUGGCAAUUACCGCUGCAUGAUUCGCACAGAAGGAGGAGUGGGAGUAUCCAACUAUGCAGAACUGGUAGUCAAAGAGCCACCUGUUCCCAUUGCUCCACCUCAGCUGGCUUCAGUUGGUGCAACAUACUUAUGGAUACAGCUGAAUGCCAAUUCCAUCAAUGGGGAUGGACCCAUAAUUCAGAGGGAAGUGGAGUAUCGCACUUCAAGUGGAACUUGGUAUGACAUACAACCAGUUGACUCCACAAGCUAUAAAAUUGGGCACCUGGAUCCGGAUACAGAAUAUGAAAUCAGUGUGCUGCUUACACGACCAGGUGAAGGAGGUACCGGAUCCCCUGGCCCAGCUCUUAAAACAAGGACGAAAUGUGCUGAUCCCAUGCGUGGACCACGGAAACUAGAAGUUGUGGAAAUCAAAUCUCGUCAAAUCACUAUUCGUUGGGAGCCAUUUGGAUACAACGUAACACGUUGCCAUCGAUACAACCUCACAGUCCACUACCGCUAUCAAGCUGGAGGACAAGAGCAAGUCAGAGAGGAAGUUAGUUGGGAUACGGAAAGCUCACACCCUCAGCACACAAUUACUAAUCUGUCACCGUACACAAAUGUUAGCAUAAAACUCGUACUGAUGAACCCUGAAGGUCGAAAAGAAAGUCAAGAACUUGUAGUACAAACUGAUGAAGAUGUCCCAAGUGCUGUACCACUUGAAUCAAUCCAAGGAAACACCUUUGAAGAGAAGAUCUUUCUUCAAUGGAGAGAGCCAGUGCAAACAUACGGUGUGAUCACUUUGUAUGAGAUCACCUACAAGGCAGUCAGCUCCUUUGAUCCAGAAAUAGAUUUAUCCAAUCAAAGUGGAAGAGUCUUAAAGCUAGGAAAUGAAACCCACUACUUUUUUUUUGGACUUAAUCCUGGAACCACGUAUUCUUUUACCAUUAGAGCCAGCACAGCUAAGGGGUUUGGGCCUCCAAUCACAAGUCAAUUCACCACCAAAAUAUCAGCACCAUCUAUGCCACCGUAUGAGCUGGAAACACCUUUGAAUCAAACUGACAGCACUGUGACAGUCCUGCUGAAACCUGCACAGAGCAGAGGAGCUCCUGUCAGUGUCUAUCAAGUAGUGGUUGAAGAAGAGCGCCCUCGAAGGACAAAGAAGACCACAGAAAUCCUGAAAUGCUACCCAGUACCCAUUCAUUUCCAGAAUGCUUCACUUCUGAACUCUCAGUACUACUUCGCUGCAGAAUUUCCAGCCAACAGUCUUCAAGCUGCUCAGCCUUUUACUAUUGGUGAUAACAAAACCUACAGUGGUUUCUGGAACACUCCUCUUCUCCCUCAUAAAAGCUACAGCAUUUAUUUCCAAGCUGCUAGCAGAGCCAAUGGGGAAACCAAAAUUGACUGUGUCAGAGUGGCCACAAAAGCUGCGAUAAUCGUGACUCAGCUUACAACACCAUACAUUCGCAUCGCCCCUGCUGCAGGCGACGACCAACUAACAGGAGCUGCCACUCGGAAACCAGACCCAGAACCAGAGAAACAGACAGACCACACUGUUAAAAUUGCUGGAGUCAUUGCAGGCAUCUUGCUGUUCGUUAUUAUAUUUCUGGGGAUUGUGCUGGUAAUGAAGAAAAGAAGAAGCUAUCACUCCUACACUUAUUACCUAAAAUUGGCUAAAAAGCGGAAAGAGACACUGAGUAGUACCCGGCAGGAAAUGACAGUGAUGGUGAAUUCAAUGGAUAAAAGCUACACCGAGCAAGGCACCAACUGUGACGAAGCUUUCUCUUUCAUGGACACGCACAACCUAAAUGGGAGAUCUGUAUCAUCACCAUCUUCAUUUACAAUGAAAACGAACACACUGAGCACAACAGUGCCUAAUUCUUACUAUCCAGAUCCAUUUGUGCCAACUGCAAUUUUAGUGCCAAUAAAUGAUGAAACCCACACGAUGGUCAGUGAUACAAGCAGCUUGGUCCAGUCGCACACCUACAAGAAGCGAGACCCAGUAGAUGUGCCAUACCAGACAGGACAGCUUCAUCCAGCCAUCCGUGUGGCUGACUUGUUGCAGCAUAUCACCCAGAUGAAAUGUGCGGAGGGCUAUGGUUUUAAAGAAGAAUAUGAACUACAGCUACAGCAGAACAAGCCCUAUUGCAGACACAAGAGUUUCUUUGAAGGACAGUCGGCACCAUGGGACUCAGCUAAAAAAGAUGAGAACAGAAUGAAGAAUAGAUAUGGGAAUAUCAUUGCAUAUGAUCAUUCUCGAGUGAGACUGCAGCCCAUUGAAGGAGAAACAAACUCAGACUACAUCAAUGGAAAUUAUAUUGAUGGUUAUCAUAGGCCAAAUCACUACAUUGCUACGCAAGGGCCAAUGCAGGAGACGAUAUAUGACUUCUGGAGAAUGGUUUGGCAUGAAAACACAGCCAGUAUAGUCAUGGUUACUAAUCUAGUGGAAGUAGGAAGGGUCAAAUGCUGCAAAUACUGGCCAGAUGACACAGAGAUAUAUAAAGAUAUUAAAGUUACUCUAAUAGAAACAGAGCUCCUGGCUGAAUAUGUGAUUCGGACAUUUGCAGUAGAAAAGAGAGGUGCUCAUGAGAUCCGAGAAAUCAGACAGUUUCACUUCACAGGCUGGCCAGACCAUGGUGUACCAUACCAUGCCACAGGACUUUUGGGUUUUGUACGACAGGUCAAGUCCAAGAGCCCGCCUAAUGCUGGCCCAUUGGUUGUACACUGCAGCGCUGGUGCUGGGAGAACUGGAUGUUUUAUUGUCAUUGACAUCAUGUUAGAUAUGGCAGAGAGAGAAGGUGUUGUAGACAUAUACAACUGUGUCAGGGAGCUUCGAUCUAGAAGAGUUAACAUGGUGCAAACUGAGGAGCAGUAUGUAUUCAUCCAUGAUGCAAUACUGGAAGCCUGCCUUUGUGGAGAUACAUCUAUCCCAGCUUCUCAAGUUAGGUCCGUGUACUAUGAAAUGAAUAAACUUGAUCCUCAGACUAACUCAAGCCAGAUCAAAGAAGAAUUUAGGACUCUAAACAUGGUGACUCCAACGCUCCGUGUGGAAGACUGCAGUAUAGCACUUUUACCUCGGAACCACGAGAAGAACCGCUGUAUGGAUGUGUUGCCUCCAGACAGAUGUCUGCCUUUCCUCAUCACAAUAGAUGGGGAAAGCAGUAACUACAUUAAUGCUGCACUGAUGGAUAGCUAUAAACAACCUUCGGCAUUUAUAGUUACCCAGCAUCCUUUACCAAAUACUGUCAAAGAUUUCUGGAGACUGGUCCUAGAUUAUCACUGCACAUCAAUAGUUAUGCUGAAUGAUGUGGAUCCAGCACAAUUAUGUCCCCAGUACUGGCCAGAAAAUGGAGUGCACCGACAUGGUCCUAUUCAAGUGGAAUUUGUAUCAGCUGAUUUAGAGGAAGACAUAAUUAGCCGAAUAUUCCGAAUUUAUAAUGCAGCCAGACCCCAAGAUGGAUAUCGGAUGGUGCAACAAUUUCAGUUCCUGGGAUGGCCCAUGUACAGGGAUACUCCAGUGUCCAAACGCUCAUUCUUAAAACUUAUCCGUCAGGUGGAGAAAUGGCAGGAAGAAUACAAUGGAGGGGAGGGACGUACGGUCGUACACUGUUUAAAUGGAGGUGGCCGCAGUGGGACGUUUUGUGCAAUCAGCAUUGUUUGUGAAAUGCUUCGACACCAGAGGGCAGUUGAUGUAUUCCAUGCUGUGAAGACACUGAGGAAUAAUAAGCCUAACAUGGUGGACCUUCUGGAUCAAUACAAAUUCUGCUAUGAAGUGGCUUUGGAAUACUUGAACUCUGGCUGAUAUUACAAACGGCACUGACAAAACUCCUUUCACCACCACAAAACAAAGCAAAUCGUUUCAUGAUGUUUGUGUACAUGAGAUGAAGACUUCUCAGUGUUAUGCUUAUAUUGCUUUGUAUUAUUGGCUCUUUUUAAGAGCCCAAGAAAAUGUUUAUAAAACUGCUUGCACUGCCCAUUUUCCACUGUAAUGCCGCUGCUUGACAACACAUACAAACAUAUACACAAACUUGUACAGCAGUUGUUGGAUACUGCAUUCAUACAUAGUCAUCAAUGUGGUGGAGCAGCAUAGUCAUCUGGUAACUUAAAGAGCACAAUUAUAUUCUUAUGAAGGAAUUUGUACUUUUCUGUUAUAUUUUGUUGCCUGUGAUCCUAUGUUAUUGUCACAACCUAGUGUACAUUUCUGUUUCGUGAAGAAUGCUGUCUAGCAUUUUGAUAAUAUUUGAUUUUAGUUAUAUUUGUAUUCUAACACGUGCAUAAUAAAUGAAGCAUAUGUAGCUUAUUUGAAUUAAUAGAUACACAUGUACCAAACCAUGUUAUCUUUGUUGAGUUGUAGUUUCUAUAUACUUUGUAACAUUUCAGAGGGAAAUUACUGAUAGAAAUACCAUUAGAAAAUGCAAAAUACAGGAUGCUCAGAUUAAUAUAUCCAAAGCUUUUUCAUUUGUUUAUAUUGUAAAUAUAUUUGAUUUCAUCAAAUUAUUUAUUCAUUAAAAGAAAAAUUUUGUGAAGCACGGUGAGUGACAAUCAUUUUUAUUAAGCCCUGGAGAUGCUUACUGUAUGAUAUUGUAAACAUUUGUUUACCUUGUAUGGAUCCUCAGCUCAAUAAAUAAUUACAUACAUGA